CUCAACCACUGCCUCCUCCUCCCGUCUUGACAUCAACACUGCUGCCACCCACAACCCACAGCCUCUGGAGGAUCUGCCAUCUGAGUGCACGGUGGGUUUUGCACUUCUCUGCACAUGGAUCCAGCCAUACGUGGGGUCAGAGGCACUGGGGAUUUAUACAUCUGUGAUUGAGAGCAACAGAAUUGAGGCCUGGGUCUCCUCUUGUCUGUUUGGUAUUUAUAGGUCUGUCUCCUCCAAGGAUUACAACAAAAUACUGUCAUGCCUUUGGGAACACCUGCCCCACUAAACAAGCGGAAAAAGCCCUCCAAGAUCAUAACUGACUUAUCACAUAUUACUCAGGAUGAGUAUGAGUCGGAGCCAGAGGCAUCAGAAUUUGACCUUGGAACAAAGAUCAGGACUCCCCAAGACAUCAUGCUGGAGGAGCUCUCCCUCUUAAAGAACCGAGGCUCCAAGAUGUUUAAGAUGAGACAGCAGAGAGUGGAAAAGUUCAUCUAUGAAAACAGCCCUGACAUCUUCAGCAGUGAGUUGAUGGACAACCUCCAGAAGUUUGUUCCAUCUGUGGGUGGUCAGAUUGGAGCUCAGAUGAUAAACAUUGGUGGGCAUUUUGUUAGCAAGCAGGCUGAACAACUGCACUUUGGAGGGAUACAUGCUGGUGGGGGAGCCCCUGUUCCUCCUCCAAAGCCUGGAAACAAAGGUGUAGGAGCUGGAGUAGUACUGGGUGGUGUUGACCAUGGGAAAGGUGGAAAGGGAGAAGGCGCAAGAGGUGGAGGAGAUGAUGCAACCAAGAAGAGGAUUCAUGUGACGACGUAUGUGUCGCCAUGGGAGAAGGCCAUGAAGGGUGAUGAAACUCUGAUAGCCACUCUGAAAACGGCAAUGCUUGGUCCCACAGAGCGAAAGGAUCUGACAAAGUAUAAAUGCUUCAACAGGUCUGCCAUGCCCUUUGGCGGCUUCGAGAAGGCCAACCAGUUACUGAAAUUCCAGCUGCCAGACACGGAGGUGAACAAACAGGAGCCUGAACCCGCUGUGGUGUACCAACAUGACGGCUGUCGUCCUUCCUUCAACCGCACUCCUAUUGGCUGGGUGGGCAGCAGGGAACCCAGCAGCAUUCAUAUGGAGAAUGAUGCUGUGCCCUUUGAUGGGGAGACUGAUGAGCUGUAAAAAAGAAAUUCAUACUGUGUUUACACUCACUGUGUCUGUGCGCACACACAAAUGAAUGCAUGCAUACGUUAGCAUGCACACAUAUGAUAGAUGAGAACAUGUUGUUGAUUUGUCAAUGAGGAAAGAAUGAAUCAUGUAUGAAGGAUGUAUUUAGACUUGAGACUUUAGACUUUAGAUGUUCUGUUACGUGUGUUGUCUUAAUCUCAACUUGUUACGAUAUUUGCUUUUACCAAGAUGCUUUUUUGUUCGUUCAGAUUCUCAUAUAUUUUGUCGAGCUAUGAAAACGCUAUAAACCUGUCAAAUUCAGAAUGCAAUUUGUCAAUGAGAGGUUCCUCAUUUCUCCACAAUAAACCAUUUAAAAUUAACCAUGCAACGAUUUAGAAAUAAACAAUGUAAUAAUUGUA